UUGGCCCUCCCUCCGCCCAGUGGAUUGUUUCCACCAGAGACGCGCAGACAGUCCGCUGGUCGGUCGAGCUCCUGCUCUCCUCCAGGCUGAACCAGUGCACCUCCUCCUCCCACAGGAGCACGAUGGGAGACGUGAACCAGUUCCCAGUUUUCUUUGAGGUCCCCGGUCCGCUGCUCCGGGACCAGAGGAGGGCGCUAGAGAAGCACUUCUCUCUGCGCCGCUUGUCCGGAGGGGCUGCCUGCGGACCCCCGACCCGCGUGCGCGAUGAGGUCUUCAGUGUCGCGUUCACCAGUCAAACAGAUCAGCAACGUGUCCUGCAGAGAUCUGAGCACGUGGUGGAGUUUGCAGAUGGGACUCGUUGGGUGCUCGUUGUUCGAGGAAGCCUGGAAUCCUCCUCCGCUCCUCCCGUCGCAGCCUGCAGUCCGAGUCCCGGUUCAACAUCUCCGGUCCAAAAGAGUCUACAGUCUAUUCCUGCCUCCAUUCCGCCACCUAGUGGUGAAGAGUGUGAACUACGACCUGAUACCUACCUCCUUCGUUAUCUGAAGGAAUGUCCACAGGCAUGGAAGGAGCUGGAGACGGAACUUGCCUCUAUGGACUGCAGUGCUCAGCUGUGUCCAGAAGAGGGCAGGCUUACAGUCAGGAGAUCAGCUCAACCUGGUGCUGGAGCUGAAAGUAGAAGUUUGAAAGCUGAGGUAGACAAACUCUUACAGGGCUACAGCUGCCACUUUGAGUUUGACCUUCUCAAGGUCAAAGCUUUGCUUAGGUCUCGUCAGGCUGCAGAUGAUGUGAGGGAGUACCCUGAAAGCGGGAUGGUGGUUGUGGUUGGAAAACAUUCACAGGUAAAUGCCAGAUUGAUGGAUAUUGAGGAAUUGAUGUUUCAACGUCGAUCUGGUGAGAAGCAAACCAGCAUCCGUCGAAUGGGUGAGGCUAAACUCCGCCUCCUCUGGAGAGAGAUUGAGGAGGGUUUGGGAAAACGUUUUCCAGGAGUUCAGGUCACACGGAGAGAUGCAGGUCAGGUAGCUCUAGAAGGUUCUUUGAAGGAUGUUGUUGAGGCUGGAGAGUGGAUCUCUGGUAGAGAGAACCUGGUGUUAGAAAGGAGAGUUUCUAACAUGAGCCCACAUCUUCUGGCCUUCUUAAGGAAGGCUUAUGGAGGUCCAGGGGCACUGCAGGACUUUCUAGGGGUUGGUGACGAGGUGGAAAUAGAGUUACGAGACAUAGAGCUUUGUUUCUUCUCCCUCUCACCUGAUAAACUGGACGACCCAGCAAAUAAAAUGCAAGAAAAGUUCAAGGAACUCAAGAUUGACCUUCCUAAUAGCUCAGCUGUUCCAUCUGAACUUCGGGAAAAGCUCACGUCCAAAACAUCUGAGAUGAACCAAGGGCAGCUAAGAGCUCAGGCAGUGUUUUAUGCAGACAGCACAGUGUGCCUGCUAGGUCACACCAAAGAAGUUGAGGAGUUGAAUGAAACUGUCAUUCAGUAUAUUUUGGACCAGUCGAGCAGUCAACCUCGUGAAGUGAGGAUCCAGACAGACACUGCAGGAGGAGACAUGACAAGAGGAGCCACUGCUGGAGCUCCUGGAGACAAUGUCCAUGUGGAGGCUGUCCAGGGAACCAUCGAGACCCAGCAGGUGGAUGCCCUGGUGUCUCCCAUGGUUGGACCCGAUCCUCUCUCUACACUUAUUGGGGACAUUUUGUCCAACCUAGUCGGAUCCCAGUCUGAUUUGAUUCCUCGGUUUAAAAAUGAAGGAGGAGAAGAAUCAAUGCCCGGCGAUGCGGUUCUGGUGGAGGGUGUCACUGGACUUCCAUCUAAAGCAAUCUUCUUCCUCAACCUCGUUCCCUGGGACGAUGACGAAGAUGGAACUGCAGUCCAGGUUCUGAGACUGGGCAUUAACAACAUCCUGGCUUCCUGUGAGACCAGGGGGUUUGGAUCUGUGGCUCUCCCUGUGCUCGGGGCGGGUUCGGCCUUGCGUUUUCCUCACAGCGUGAUUGCCAGGGCUCUACUGGAGGAGGUCCAUGGAUUCAAACAGAACCGAGCCAGUAGAACGCCGCUCCUGGUCCGAAUCACCAUCCACCCCUCUGACACGGAGGCUCCUGAGGUCUUCAAAGAAUUCAUCGAGGAUACUCAUCAACCAGACCAAGCGACGGGUCCGAUGAGGAUCGUCUUGCUGGGAAAAACUGGAUCUGGGAAAAGCGCCCUCGCUAACAACCUGUUAGGAACAGAGGAGUUGUUCAGAACAAGCUCCUCCUCCAGCUCCGGAACAAUUCAAUGUCAAGCGGAAACCGGAGCAGUGCAUGGAAGAAGCAUGACUCUGAUCGACACUCCUGGUUUGUUUGAUACAGACCGGUCUGAGGAGGACCUGAGAUCUGAGAUCACCAGGUGUAUGGUGGAGCUGGCCCCGGGGCCUCAUGCUUUUCUCAUUGUGCUUAAAGUGGAAAGAUUCACUGAGCAGGAACAGGCCACCAUCAUUAAAAUACUUCAGUAUUUCUCUGAAGAUGCUCUGAAAUAUGCCGUAAUCGUCUUCACUCACGGUAAGCAGCUUGAGGAAGGGCAGAGCAUUCAGGAGUUUGUCAGUCAGAACAGGACUCUGAGUAAUCUGGUGGAGAUGUGCGGUGGCCGGUGCCACGUCUUCGAUAACAAAGCCUGGAAUAACAACCAGAAGAAGGACUACAGGAGCAACCAGUUCCAGGCAGAAGAGCUUCUGGACACAAUAGAGAAGAUGGUGAAGGGAAAUAAAGGGGGCUACUACACCAACAACGCACUGCAAGGAGUGAGUGAGGAGAUAAAGAUGGAGGAGCAGCGUUUACAGCUGUCGUCAGUAAACACAUCGCAGGCCGAGAUCCGACAGAGGGCGAAAACCAUUGUGCAUGAAAGGCUUCUGAUCGAACUCACAGGAAUCGUGACAGGAGCGCUAUUAGGAGCUUUAUGUGGUGCAUUAUUCAUGAUUAAAGCAGCUAUCCCAUUAAUGAGGGACUGUUCAAACUUAUAUAAACAAAUUUCAGGUACGACAGUCGCAACAGCAGCAGGAGGUCAAGUGCUGGGCGUCGCUGCUAUAGCCUGGGUGUCAGUGGGAGGAGUAGUAGGAGGAGCAGCAGGAGGAGCUGUUGGAUACGAGGCAGUGAAGGGAGCUAAUACAGCACAGGAUGCAGCAAAGAUGGCAUUUAGCGCCGUCUUAGCCAGAAACAAAGAUUUAAAAUUGAAAUAACAGAUUUCUCUGCCACUAGGUGGCAGUGAGUGGGAAAACCUCGACACGUUUUCAAAUCACAUAUAAUGUUUAUUCCAUAUUCACUCUUCUUUUGGCUUUGUCUAGUUUCUGAUUCCACCGUUUACGUUGGAGAAAAAUCUCUUUAGCUGCUAAAUGUUAACUUUCUUUUCUUUGUUCUUUAAGAAGAAGUAAAUGCUCUUCAACAUCCGUCAGCUCCAACGGGAUCCACUCGGUAACACUCGCCAUCGCUCUGAAGUAAACAGACGCCAGAGAAGAUGUAAAUAAACGAAGCAGAAACCGGAGGACGAUUCCCCCGAUGGCCACUGAGCAGAUACUGAGGCAAUAAAUAUAUUCUAUCUAACUUUGAAUUAUCUGUCAUGUAAUGCAAUCGUUUGUGUAUUUUCACUUCAAGUUGUUUUGAUGAUUAACUAAAAAUUUCUACUCUUCUUUCUUUAUAGUAGAUUGAUUGCUAAAAAAUAAUUUUUCCAAAAUUUGAAGGACCAGAUUCAAGUGUUUAUCCGUCUAUGUUCUUAAGGGUUUUGGUGUAAGCGUGUUUAAAGUGCACCUACACGCUCUGGCUGACAGGGGGCGCCCUACAGCAGGAAAGAUGCUUUGUUAAAUCAGAGGUGCUGUCAGUGCCAGACUAUCAUAUGUGUAUCUGUCAACCUGAAAGCUGAGCUGAUGCAUGCACUUGUAAGAACUAAUAAAGAGACAACUGAUGACAAUCAAGAAGUUAACAGGUCUGCAACAAGCUGUACAAACUUUGUCACAACAUAUGUCAUUUGUGUUACUGCCUCAGAUGAUGUGCUUUUAUACAAUCUGUCUUAUUCCGUAUUUUACCAUUUAUUUGGCAAAUGUUUGUGUUUCAGACUUGAUAAUAAUGAUGAUAAUACUUUUAACUUUGCUUAAAGAGACUUUAGACAAGUUUAAAAAACAUAAAACCAAGAAAUAUAAAAUGACAUAAUAUUGUGGAAGCCUCUGUUAUUCUAAGGGUUUUGGUGUAAGCCCAUUUAAAGUGCACCUGCACGCUCUGGCUGACAGGGGGCGCCCUACAGCAGGAGCGAUGCUUUGUUAAAUCAGUGCCAGACUAUCAGAUGUGUAUCUGUCAACUUGAAAACUGAGCUGAUGCAUGCACUAUGUAAGAACUAAUAAAGUUACAAUCUCCUGUCA